AUGGAAAAAUAUAAAAAUUAUAAAACAUCAGAAGGAGAUAAGCAGGCUGGAUCGGAAUCAGAUGCAAGCCUAUGUAGCGAUGUAUCAAGGACAGCUUCUAAGUCUGGAGGUCGCUCCCGUGGGGCGAAAAAGAGACGUAUUACAAAAUCAAUAUCGUCCAGCGACAAUGAAGCUUUUUUAAAAGAGACGAAUUCUGAGACAGGAAAAGAGGUGACACCAUUAAUGGAUAAUUCUGGAGAGUUCGUAGUGCCAGGGCCUGAGGAAGCUCUUAGUAUGGCUGAGAGGCAAGUGGAACAAAUGGCUGAAAACACCUGCCUGCGCAGUGAAAUAGAGGAGCUUCGUAAAGAGCUAUCUGAAAUCCGGCUUGAAAUGGCGAGGAUCAAUAAAACACCUGCUCCACCAACUCCUCAGGAGCGAGGAGACAAGGAAAGUGAGGAAUUGAUAAGUUCCAUUAUGCGCCAAGUUGGUGACAUGAUGAAUGCGCGAUUGGAGGCGCUUGAGGAGCGGCUUCUCCCAGAAAAGCGUGUCCGCCCUCCGCUGGCUGCUGAUGUGCGCAGAGAUGUAGUAAAUGAUGCAAAAAUACUACGGCGGAAGUCUGAUACAAUUACGAAGGCUGACAAAUACGCCGUAAAAACAAGAAUAGGCAACAAGAAAACUCCGGCGCUGGAAAUACAAAGAGGAAACAGAAAGGGAAAGGGACACGAAGGGAGAACAACAGAAAUGGCAACCAACCAGCCAACAGAAUCACGCCCUCAACCUCCUGAGUCCACGGAAGAAGGAUGGACCACAGUAGUGAGAAGAGCAAACAGGCCGGCUGACCACGUACUGGGGAGCAAGAGGUGCUCGCCUCCAAAACAAAGAAGAAAGGGCGUUAUAGUGGGUGAAAGGACCCCGCCUACGCAACCUCAAAUGGAGGAGGCGAUGGCAGUCCAGUAA